ACUGACAAGCCUGUCAGUCAGGUGGAUUUAGCAGCAGCAGUCUGCCCAGACCUGGACAAUGACAUAGUUGGGUUUGUGUUUGUUGCCCUGCGCGUGGAGCUGGAUUGCACCUUGUCAUUCCCUCACAGAGAAGGAAUAUCAGGCCUUGCUGGACUCUUACCGCCAGACUGACACGGUGGAAUUUCCCUCCCCUUCCCCAGGCUGGAGCAGCGGGGGCAGAUGGUCGCUCUGUGAGUCUGAGCAGAAACUCAGGAAAGAGAGUGAGAGGAAGGGUGGGAGGGCCGGAGAGGGAGAGGACGAGAACCCAGGAGUGGACAGAAGGGGAGACAUGCUUCGCUACGGUUCGGCGGGAACAGUCAGCACCACCACUACAACAGAAGACUCUCCAGAGCCCUCCAGUGAGAGGAGAAUCCGACGUCUCAGGCUCACUCUGCACGCCGGAGAGAAUGGGAAAAAGGAGCCAAAAAAGACAAACUCAGACACAGAUGAGAAAGACAAAGCUGUCAAUGGGGCGUGGAGGAAGAAAAAUGGGCUGAUCCAGAGAGAACGGCCAGCUGGCAGAGAGUCACCUGAGCAGCACCUCCCAGCCAUAACCAAUGGGGUGCCAGAGACCUCGCUGCAGCACCAUGGACCCAAGGUGUAUGGUGUGGUGCAGAGGACAGGCUCGGACAGGCAGCAGGAAGUGAUGGCGCGCGAGUGGUCGGUCAAUCACCUUCAGGAUGAGAUGAGGUACAUCAAGGAGGUUAGAGAUUCUCUGGAGAAGGUCAGAGAGCGGAUGUAUGGGCAGUUUGGAGGAAUGCAGCAAUCAAUGCAGAAGCUUUCUCAAGAAAUCAGGGCUGCCAAUUCACAUCGGCGCAGUCUGGAAUCAGAAGUGAGGAUUCGGACCGCAGCCAUGGAGAGGUUUGAUCAGAUGAACAGCUCCCUCAUAUCUGCUAACAUCGACCUGCAGAAAAGCCUUCUGGAGAACUGUCAGAACAGAGUGGACAUGAGGGAUGAGGUGAAGAGUUUGCGGAACACCUGUGAGAAAGCUGAAGAGAAACUGAAGGAAAAGGAGAGGCAGUUGGCUGCUGCACAAGCUGAAAACCAAACUUUGAAACUACAGGUGGAGUCUUCACAGGAGGCCUGCAGCCAGGCGGUGCAGGAGGUCACAGAGAGGCUGCAGAGGCAGUAUGAGGAGCAGCUGAUGGAGACGCAAAGGCAGCACAGGGAGGAGAUUGAAAAACUACAGGCCCAGCUCGACGUGUACAUAAUGCGCCUGGAGGAAGCAGAGAGGAAUGCUAAGAUAGCAGAGGCGAAGAUUGCCGAGAGGGACCAGAGGAUCAGCGAAGUGGAGCGUCUUCUGGACUGCAUGGGACAAGAAAAGAGCCAGCUUCAAAAGAAACUGCAGGAAAGUGAGCAGCGUCUCCGCCUGAUAGAGCUCACAGACACGACCGAUGCAUCUGUAGCCAAGAGGUCGAAGCAGCUGGAGGAAGAGGUCGGGAAUCUGCGUGAAAGAAUCAAGCACUUAAACGACAUGGUGUUCUGCCAGCAGAAGAAAGUCAAGGGAAUGAUCGAGGAGGUUGAAUCGCUUCGGGCUCAAGUCGCCAAGAAGGACAUGUUCAUCUCAGAGCUUCUGGACAGAAUUGCCAUAGUGGAGUGUGAGAAUAAUGAAUUAGAAGACAAGCUGAAGUAUUUUAUGUCCACACAGAAUAGGCAGCGGGAUGUUUUGCAAACCAGGGAGAUUGGAGUAGGCUGUGAUCUGCUCCCCAGAGGUGAAGCACAAAGGCACGAUGUCGAACCUCCCGUUCAGUCUGAGCCCGCUCAGGUUCAGCCUGUCCAACACCCGUCCCACUACCUGAUGUCCCCUGUCCAGCCGAGGACGUUCAAAUCUACGUCCCCCCCGCCCAGCAGGCUGGAGAGUAGCUUGCUGAGGUACUCCCCCAUUCAGUACAGCCGCUUUCUGCAAUCCAGCUCCUCAAGGUCCAGUGCAGCGCCAACAAACCCACAGCACUCUGAAUGUGAACCCGUGAGCCCGGGCCAGUCCAGCACAGACGGGCCCGUCCCAGCACCGACUGCGGACAGCAGCUCCAGUCCAGAGGAAGCCACUCCACCCACAUCCUCUCCCCGAGCAAGAUUCAGUGCACCUCAAGUCUAUACACCGUUUAUGAAACUCAUGGAAAUAACAGCAAACAUAGACAUCAAUGAAUCGUGAAAAAUCAGCCCCAUUUUCUGUUUUCUAUUUUUUUUUAUUGCCAACUGGAAUUUAAAAUCACCAUGUGACAAAUAUCUGAUCUAAAAAAAAGUCAAAUUUCUUUGUUUGUUUGUUUUUUCCAGUUGAGGCACCUUCUUAGAGAUCACAUCUCUGUCACAUAUUGUGAAAAAUGUCCUUCUAGUUGGCAGGCAAAUCUUAUGUGGGUUUUCACAUGGUGAGGUAUUAAUGAUCAUUGGCAUAAUGUAGAAUGCUACAGGGUGUAAAGAGUCUGAUGCUCUGUAAACAUGCUGUAAAUAAUAUACUGAAGGACUGUAUUUUGGUUUGUUUACAGUGAAUGUAGCUUUUUUGUGUGGCUCAAGGAAAUGUGAGCUUUCAGUCCUGUAUGAAGGUUUCUAAGUGUGUAUUUUCCUAUAAUUUUGUAUUUGCUCUGUACAAAUUAAAUGAAAUAUUAUUUUGUUACUGACACAUUAUGUACAAAAUAUUUAUUAAUAUAUGCUUUGUGCCUUUGAGAACAACCUAAUAUCUGAUAUCCCGUAUUGGUGGUGGGAAUUAAUCUGCUAUUCUCGUUAAUAUGGCAACUGGGUAAGCUCUAAAGUGAAUUUAUAUGUAAAAUAUUAAUGAUAUUGAUUCUUUUAAAGUGACUGCCAUUCCUGAGCCACUGGCACAAGUAUUGCCCAGUUGUUGCCUGCACUGCCAGAACUACUGUAUGUUCAAAGAAGGAACAGCUUUAUCAUGUGCCUUUUUUCUGAAUGAUACAUAUCAUACUGCUAAUGACAUGAGCCUAGUGUGUAUUUGUAAAAUAAACACUAU